AGAAGUACAUAUGUAUUUACCUUAAAAAGCCUAUUCAGUCAAAAUUUUAAGAAAACCAAACCAAUAACUUUGUUAGAUUAACCAAUCCUUUAUUAUUGGAAAUACAAGCCUUUUAUAGGAAAAAAAAAAAAGUAAGCAUAAAGACUAAUUUACAGUAAUUUAAAAUUUUAAGAAGAGGAAUCAUGGAUGUGGAUUCACAGUCCAGAGCUGGAAAGAUAAGUAUCUCUGAAAGGUCCAUCCUUUCAGGAAUAAAAGCUACUGAGAAUAUAGAUUACCCACACUACUGUAGUCUCUUAAGAAAAGUAAACAUGCCAUUUGUGAGGGGAAUUGAAGACAGACAUGACUGUGGAAGAAUUGAAAAAAAAUGCAACCCUAUAUUUCUUAAAUUUCACCCUUAUCCCCCUUCAAUUCUGCCUGAUUACCAUAUUCACUAUCCUUACCCCCCACCAUAUGGGCAAGCUUAUCCAUUAUAUCCUCUUCGGGAUGAUGUGCCUUUAAAUGAUCCUUGUUCAGGGUUUUUGAGUCCUGGGGGUGAUGCUGAAUUAAAGCCUGGCAUUGGCAGAGCCAUACCAAACCUGGUGGAUUACAGCGAUGUGAAGCCUCAACAUAGAGUUCCCAGACCGGACUCAGGUGCUCAAACAACACUAAAAAGGCAGACGAUUUUAUUAGAAGAGCUAAAACAGGACAGACGAUGGAAUUCCAGGGCAAUACCAGACAGGUCCAUCAGAGCAAAGCUUGGAGGUUGGACAAGCUCAGUAAAAAUCACACCUUUACAACCUAAGCAUGAACAGUGCUCAAUAAAUCAUACAUAUACAUUUGAUGAAGCAGCACAUAAAGAUGAUGGAAAACUACAUCCCUGCAAGAAUUAUGAUGUGAAGGAGUCAUUUUACAAAUCUUCCACACAAAAAGCUUAUGAAGAUGUUCCUUGGGACAAGAUGCUACCACCAAAACUGGAUCCAGAAGAAACAACUGUGGAAAAGGCUGCUGACCUCACAUCACAGUGCUUUACACAGAAAAGAUACAAAAGGACACCGGCAAUCACACAGAUGGUUGGUGGACUCUGGGACAGAUUUCAAACAAGAUCUUUCUUGGCACCGCUCAAACCAAUUACUUUUGUUAGUCCAAGUUCAAGGAGUAAAUACAUUCCUCUUUACACUGGUUAUGUGCAGUCCACAAAUGCUGAUGAUGUUGACAAUCCUUUCAGAGAUAUCACAUCUCUAGCCAAGCCUCGGAGCUCCAAAAUUCUUUAUACAAACACAAGUUGUGCUGCAAAUAUUCCAGGAUACACAGGCAAGGUUCAUUUCACAGCCACCCACCCAGCAAAUUCUGCUAUUCCAUCCACGUCCCCAUCGCCAGAUUCUGAAGUGUGCCACAUCUUACGAAAAGAAAUGAAGGUCGACCUCUUCCGUCACCAGGCACCACUGUCUCGAAUGGUCACAACUGUAAAGCCCUGCAAUCCCUUUAAUAAGAAGGAAAAGGAAACUGUAGACUUCUGAAAGAGGCCAACCCCUCACAUGAGAAUGCUAACCUCAGCCUUGGGGAAGGUGUUUUGGACCAUCCAAUGGGGGAGGGAUUAAAGAAAUAAGCAUCUUCCAGCCUGUGUGUAGAA